GAGAAAACAGAGAAAGUCCACAGACUUAAUACUGAGUUUUGCCAAUUAAGAACACUGAUGAUUUCACCCUAAAUCGAGUAUUUCUAAAAUGCCCAUCCCACUCGCCACCGCCAGUAAUCCAAUCAUCCCAAUUUAGCCCCCAGUUAUCUUUUAAUAAAAAAGCUUAAAAAAUAAAUUAAGUAAAGUCUCUCCUUGCAUCCGUCUUUCUCGAUCUAUUUUUCUGGAGCUUAGAUCUCUACUGUUGAUUUUCGAUCUCGAAGAAUCCGGUAUAGAUCGGAUUCAGAUGUCGGCGUCGAGGCGAUUGCGGGACCUCCAAUCGCAGCCAGGGAACAAGAUCUGCGUCGAUUGUUCUCAGAAGAAUCCGCAAUGGGCCUCCGUCUCCUACGGCGUCUUCAUGUGUUUGGAGUGCUCCGGCAAGCACCGUGGCCUCGGUGUCCACAUCUCCUUUGUCCGAUCCGUCACCAUGGACUCCUGGUCCGAGAUCCAGAUUAAGAAGAUGGAAGCUGGCGGGAAUGAAAAGCUUAAUGCUUUUCUCGCCCAGUAUGGUGUUUCUAAAGAAACAGAUAUUGUUGCCAAGUACAAUACUAAUGCUGCCAAUAUUUAUCGCGAUCGGAUCCAGGCCCUUGCUGAGGGCCUUCCCUGGCGGGACCCGCCCGUCGUUAAGGAACCGCUUGGUGGUUCCAAUAAGAAGCCCCCGUUGGGUGGCGGUGGUGCCAAGAGCGGUGGUUCCGUGAGCAAUGGUGGGUGGGAUAGUUGGGACAAUGACGAUUCGUUUAGAUCUAAUGAUAUGAGGAGGAAUCAGUCUGCUAGCGAAUUUAGAAGUGGCAGUAAUGGUAGCGGGAUGGGAGGUGUGCCAGUGAGAUCGCGAUCGACAGAGGAUAUCUACACGCGCACACAAUUGGAGGCUUCUGCCGCGAACAAGGAGAGCUUUUUCGCUAGGAAGAUUCAAGAGAAUGAAUCGAGACCCGAAGGGAUCCCACCAUCGAAAGGUGGGAAGUAUGUCGGGUUUGGAUCGAGUCCUGCGCUCUCCCAAAGGAAUAAUUAUAAUUCACAGGGAGAUGUGAUGUCUGCUGUGUCUAAGGGGAUUGGGAAGUUGUCUCUGGUUGCUGCAUCUGCAGCAAAUGCUGUCCAAGUUGGCAGAAGGGAGAUUACAACCAAGGUUAAGGAAGGUGGCUAUGAUCAGAAGGUUAAUGAAACUGUAACUGUUGUCACUGCAAAGACAACAGAGAUUGGGCAGAGGACCUGGGGGAUCAUGAAGGGGGUCAUGGCAUUGGCUAGCCAGAAGGUUGAGGAGUACACUAAAGAUGGCAUGAAUUGGAAGAAUGAUAAUUGGCAAUCAAAUGAGAAUGAGAAGAAUGGUUAUUAUCAGGAGUUUAAUAAACAAGAUAAUAAUAAAGGAUGGAAUUCUACGUCUGGACAACCAUCCUCAACUGAUGGGGAUUACUCUUCUAGGGGGAAUAACAACUCUUAUAGCUCAAGUUCUUGGGACAAUUGGGACACUAAAGGCAAUAGAAAGGAAGAUACGAAAAAGGGUUGUGAGAGCUACUCCUUCAGUGGGAAUAACAACUCUUAUGGCUCAAGUUCCUGGGAUGAUUGGGACACUAAACACAAUAGUAAGGAAGAUACCAAAAAAGGUAGUCAGAGCUACUCUUCUAGUGGGAAUAACAACUCUUAUGGCUCAAGUUCUUGGGAUGAUUGGAACUCUAAAGACAAUAGAAAGAAAGAUACCAGAACAGGGACUGUUACCUCUAGCAAUGAUGUUUGGGCUGGAUGGGAUGAUGCCAAGGACGAUGGAUGUGAUAAUUUCUACCAAAGUCCACCUGAUAAGAAGGCUGUUGGCCACAAUGGAAAAUCAGAUACAACAUGGACGGGUGGAGGCUUUCUCUGAGGUUAUUCCAUUAUAUAUUUAGCCUCUUUAAGUAUUCUCCUUUUGCUUUAGAGCCUGUUUUGGUUGUGGGAAGUGGAGAGAAAAGUUAAUUUGACGUAUCUUUUGUUAUUUUCUGGUGUUUAGAACUUUUUUUCUCCUUUUCUUUUUGGGGGGGAAUGGAUCUUUGUUUUAAUUUUAAUCUAGGGAAGAAUAGAAAAGAAGAUUGGUGGAGUAAUUGAUAAAAACUAUCUCCACUGUUAGUUACCUUUGAAGUCUUUCCAGAAAACUUGGGAAUUUCUUGAUAAAUACUCUUUCACUAGUUGGCUUUAUGGUCAUCAACAAUUCAAGAUACAUACUGUUGUAAUUCUUUAUUGUUUCAAAAUAUAUAUAUAUAUAUAUAUAUAUAUAUAUGAUAAUAGCAGCUCGUUUGGCUUUAAGGUUUACUUGAGGUCAGUUGAGUAAAACUUCUCCUUUCCU